CCGUAACUUACGCUCUUGAUCCACGUUCUUGGCACGGGUCGGCCAGGCCGCUUGUCCUCUCACCCUGGCUCCCAGAGCAUUCUAACUAAGUGGAUCGGACUUCGAAACCAGCCAUCACCAGCCCGGCCAGCGCGACCGCGACUCUGCGGCAAAGUCAGCGCUCUUACCAACGGAUCCGGUCGCCGCAUUGUUCCGCGAAGUGCUUGCGAGGAUUGCGAUACCAACUGCCGCACUUGCGACACGGCGGGUGCGCGUCGUCGCGAUCCUGCCCCGGCGGAGGGUUCAGAACCGGAACGGGGUUGGCGACCGGCUGCCUUGCCUUCGAAGCGAUGUCCAAAACCGAUCGAGCCGCGUGCGACACGCCGCAGGUCGACCGAUCGGCGAUGGCUGCGGACGACGGCGGCGGGCUGCCGGCCGCCAAGAUGGAGGACGGUCUGCAACAUAUCACGACCGACAUAAUGCCGCUGAGCCUCCUCCUGACUCGGCUUGCCGAGUUCUCCCAAGCGAAGCUCCAGGAGCACAUCAUGGAGCUGGCGUCGAAGCCCCUUCCUCAGAUCCUCGCCAGCGGCAAUGCGAACGGCGCCCCGAACGGCGUUGCGAAUGCGCAUAAUGCUCCGACCGAAGAUACUUCGCCAGAAAGCCUAGAGAAGAAGACCAUGCUGCUGAACUUCAUCAAGGACUUGCACUCGAGAUGGGUCAAGGCUUUGGUUAUUACGGAGUGGGCCAGGAAUGCAGAUGAAGUCGGCAAGCUUAUCGACAUCAGGAGCCAUCUUGCUGAAAAGCUGGAGCUCUACAACAGAACCUUUUGGAAUCUCGUUCAAGUCAAGCGGGAGGUGGCGUUCGCCAGGGUCCAAAGCCCGGAUCUGAAGACUGCGCUGGAAAUCCUCAGCAAUGGAGCGGUUCACUGGAUGCCGGAGUUUGGUUAUCUGGAAGAACCGCUAGCCGCGAAAGACAAGCUGCAUUGGAUCCACGAGAUCGAGAUUCACCUGCAUGUGAGACUCCAACUGGAUGAGUACGAUAGGAUGCCGGAGCCGUUCAAGCAGUACACGGUCGCGGACGGCAGGGUAACAUUUAGUGUGCCGGGGGAGUUCGAAGUCGACCUCACAAUUGCCUCCGACGAUUCAUCAACGCAGUUCUGGUUCCUGGACUAUCGGCCCCUAUACAGUCCUGCCCCGCCUGAACUGCCGGACGAUGUCCGGAUGUUCCUCGAGACGCAGGUUAACAACGCCAUGGGAGUUGACGGUUUGAUGGGAUGCUACAGAUACCUUCAUGAGUACACGCUCACUGCCAAGAUCGCCGAGUACAGGCGCCAGGCACUGGAGCUCAGCCGAACUGGUCUAUGGAUCGACAAUCUCAAGGUUGAGAGGCUCGACCGCGGGUUAGCAAUUCAGUACUGGCUCAAUUGCCAACAUUCUCGGCCGUCACAGAGCUGGAUACUCCUCGGAGUACACGGCGGCAAGGGCAGCGACGGGCUCCAAGAUUCUCCUAGUCGUCUCAUGCUCAGUUGGUUCCGCGACGACAAGGAAGUCAAGGAUGCGGACAUUCGCUUCAAUGCCGACAACAUCUCGACGGAGCAACUAUUGAUGGCGGUUAUUUCCAAGCACAUCGAGUAUCUACUGAUGCCCAUCUACCGAACACUUCUGGCCAAGCGUCGCUAUGCGGGUAAACAAGGCCGACUGGCCGUGGAUCUCAAUGGGCAACCGCAGGAUUUCCGGCUGGUUAUGCAGCUGGCCGGUGAGGUGGACGCUACGGUUCGCGUUUCCCCCUGGACGGGCGACUUCCUUUUCUCCCCGCAGUACGCCGCCAUUUCGGACGUGCAGAGGAGGUUCAAAACACUGGCAAAUCCAGCGAAGGACGGCCCAAAUGUCCUGGAGCAGCUCAGGUGGUCUUACACGGUCUAUCACUUAAGGUCGCUGCCCAGGCAUGUCGACUGGAGCGUCCUCCGGGCGUCGCCUGUCCCCGCCGACGAGGUGAAGAACAUGGUCUACCAGCAAUUGCCGCCUCCUCGAGAAGCGUUUCAUGCGGUGUGGGUGAGACACGUGAAGUGGGAUUCCCGCUGCUUUGCUAUGUUGACUAUGAGCCUUGCGGGGGACAGCUGGACGCUGGUCGAGAUCUCGCCAGAAACCAAGGGCUCACUUUCCCGUCGCAUCCUUACGUUCAACCAGCUCCCUCUAUCACCGGGCGAUUUACUCCAUUGCGACGUUCUCUUCCAGAAACUUCACACGUACGGGCCCGGAAUCAUCGGGCAAACUCGAAGUCUCCUCGACCUUCAUCAAGAGCGAAUGGCGCACGCGGCCCGGGAACCAAUGGCCUCCGGUUCCUGCAGCUGGCCUUCCCAGAUUCAUCUGCCCAUGGUAACAGUGCGAGCAUCGGACAUGCUGCAGGGUUGGAAUAGUAGCUCCGAUGAAGCCGAUCGCGCUCCCUGGGCCGCGGGAUUCAUCUCCAUCGUGUACAAAGGACCAGCACCCCCUCUCCCAGGGGAGCAAGGCCACCGGGUGCUGGUCGAGGCGAGUGUUGCCGUCACAGAUCGUGCCAAGUUCGAAUUCCUCGAUCGCAAGCUUGACCGUGAUGUUCACUACGACCGCCAAACCGGCCGGUUCACCCUACGAUUCCGACCGGAAAUUGGUUCUGGGGUCAUCCCCUUGCUCCGGGCCCGCAUGCAGGCGCUCGAUCGCCUGCUGGCUUUCCUCGACGCCAUCCAUCGAGCCGGGAAACAGGUGGCCACGGAGAGGGUUACGCUCCGUGAGAUCUCAUUCACAUAUGGCGGUAGCACGAAAGUGGCUUUACCGCCGAAGCAACUCUUACCCAGCCAACCGGAGCAACAACUGUGGAAGGUGCGGUUCGACCUCAGCAGGGAGCACCUCGUGGAUGUGGUUUUGGAUAAGGACAAUCCGCAUCUUCGGGUCAUCGACUUCCUCCGAGCAACGGCAAAUACGCCCAAGGCCAAGGGCAUACCCACAUGGCUUACUCUCACACUCCCGCUCUUCCGAGCACUGGAGCGGCUCCAAGACGCGUGGGACCCUGUGUACGCCACGGGGCGCGGUGCUGGAUGCUGGAUAAUCCAUAAAUCUCUGGACUGGGUGACGCUUCGCUUCACCUUUGUCCCGCCCAAGAGCCGGCGCGUGCAGCUGGACAUCAAGGCGCGGGAGAGGGAGGGCCGGCUGGUGUGGCACGUGUCCCGCCCAUCGACCGACCCCAACGCGCACAACGAGAACGACGAGUUCAACCAGAUCCUGGCCCAGCGAGUCUGGUCGGUGGACCGCGACGGGGUCGACGGCCUCAUGACCGGUGCCGCGGCAGGCUGGGAGCAUGGCAUCGAGACUCUUCUGGCGCUCAUCAGCGACACAUUGCUGUCAGUGGUUGGUGCACCUCCGCCUCUGCCAUUACAACCAUCACAACAGCACGGUUGACCUUAGAAGAGGCCGAUACUGGUGAUAGCGCAUGCAUGAUUCUGUUAGUAUUGGAAAGCGGGCAGCGGUUCUUUAGACAAAAAAAGGGAAAUGGGGUGGGGCUUUAUACCAUCGGGAUGGGUACAGGUUAUGUGUGGCAUUAAGUAUAGUUCAUGAUACCAGGACACAGAUAAUGAAAUUGAGAGACGCCG